GUCUGUGAAAGUAAAAACAGAUUUAGGAUGAGUAGUAAGCAACUAAGGCAAAUGCAGAGUAGAAUAUGACGUUUCCAGAAGAAACAACAUGAGAUAGUGGUGGAAGAUCGUUAUCUUUUAAAAAACAAAAACCCAAGCUGGAAGUGGUAUUGCACAACUUUAAUCGCAGCGUUCGGGGGUAGAAGCAAGAGAAUUUCAGUUUGAGACCCUGUUUGCAGCGAUCACAACCCCUGUUAAAAAAAAAUUACCAUACACAUAUAAAAGGGGUAAGUAGGGACCAUUGCAAGAUCUGUAAGACAUUUAACAGAUUUGUCCUUUUUUUUUCUUUAAGAAAAGCAGGACACCACUGAAGAACUUUUAGGAGGAUAAUGAAUGACCAGAUUACAGGUUUUGUAAAAGGCUGCCAGGUAGCCAAUUACAGAAUGGUGACAGUAAUUGACAUUUUCCCCCUUCCUUCCCCUCUCCUCCCCUCCUUUCUCCUUCCCUUUCCUGUACAUGUUUUUUGUUUUUUUUUUUCCCUGCAUGUAUCUGUGUGUACCAUAUGCAAGUGCACCUGGUGUCCCAGGAGGCCGUAAGAAGGUAUUGGAUGCGCUGGAAUGGAGUUCCGGUGGUUGUGAGUUACCUUGCGGGCCAUUCUGCUCUUAAUCACCAGAUUGAAAAGGCUAAGCCCAUUAAAUGUGGGACAUUUGGGGCCGCAUCUUUGCAGCAGAGAUUCUUGGCUACUGGAGAUUUUGAUGGGAAUCUUCAUAUCUGGAAUUUGGAAGCUCCAGAGAUUCCGGUGUAUUCUGUAAAGGGGCACAAAGAAAUCAUAAAUACCAUAGAUGGUAUAGGUGGACUUGGAAUUGGGGAAGGAGCCCCGGAAAUCGUGACGGGCAGCCGAGAUGGAAAGUUGAGCUCGAUCACAUCUGAAAGAGGAACUGUAAAGGUGUGGGACCCGAGGCAAAAAGAGGAUCCUGUCGCUAACAUGGAACCCGCACAAGGAGAAAACAAGAGAGACUGCUGGACUGUGGCAUUUGGCAAUGCUUAUAAUCAAGAAGAGCGUGUGGUUUGUGCUGGCUACGACAAUGGGGACAUCAAGUUGUUUGAUCUGAGAAACAUGUCACUGCGGUGGGAGACAAACAUUAAAAAUGGGGUGUGCAGCUUGGAGUUUGACAGAAAGGACAUAAGUAUGAAUAAGUUAGUGGCUACGUCCCUGGAAGGCAAGUUCCACGUCUUCGACAUGAGAACACAGCAUCCUACCAAAGGCUUUGCCUCUGUAACGGAGAAGGCCCAUAAGUCCACUGUAUGGCAAGUCCGGCACCUGCCUCAGAACAGGGAGCUCUUCCUGACCACGGGCGGCGCCGGGAAUCUGCACCUCUGGAAGUAUGAAUACCCUGCUCAUCGGUCAAAGAAGGACUCGGAGGGCCUAGAGAUGGGAGUCGCGGGUUCCGUCAGCCUUCUGCAGAACGUGACCGUGUCUACUCAGCCCAUCUCCAGUUUGGACUGGAGUCCUGACAAAAGGGGGCUCUGCAUCUGUAGUUCCUUUGACCAGAUGGUGCGCGUGCUGAUAGUUACAAAACUCCAGACCAUUUGACCCAAGGCUUGAACGUGAAACUGUCCAGAGGGUUACUCAGAGAAUUCAGCUCUGUGUCCUCUGGCCUUAUUGAACACGGUUGGAUUUGAGGGAUGAAUGACAGCCACAGGUACACAGCCAGCCAGCCAGCCUCUAGUGUCUUUGGGUGUUUGGUGACCUGACGGGCACGCUGCUGCAUGUGAUGGUGCCACACACCAGGACCUGCUUUGUGCCUUUCCCCAUGUUUCUGUUCAAACAAUUAGAACCAGAGCUGUGGUAUUUGCUUGUGGAGCCAGCUACUUAACUGAGGCAGGAGGAUUAAGAUAGCCCAUAAGAUCAAGACUAGCUUGGGUAACAUUAUGAGACCCUGCCUUUAAAACCAGUUGGAUGCUGGCACUGAAGAGACAGCUCCCUGAGAAGGCUUGCCUGAUGCUCUUGCCGAGGACAAGUUUGGUUCCCAGGAGCCACAUCAGGUGGCUUACAACCCCUGUCACUGCAGUUGAGGGCGCCUCAGACCAUUUUCUGGCCGUAUUGAGCACUGGGACUCACAGAUACAGGCACAUUCUUAGACAUUUAUUUUAAAAAAUGUAUUUAAAUUUAAAAAAUAUUUUUAAAAGCCAAAGUGAGUAGUUGUUAUUUAAGUGUAUUUUAAGUUUGUUCUGUAUCUCCAUAGCUCCAUGGUUUCUCUGUACAUUCGUGCUUCGUUUUAGUGUUUCCACUAGGAGUCACUUCACUUGCUCUGUAAGUACCAGAAGCGCACAGUUGGCUGGACAGCCUGGAGAGCUGUUUUCAGCGUAGCUGGUAAUACUGUGACUUCCCGUCUCUCUUACUCAGAUUCAGGCCUUGGCUGUCUCUUGACUGUGGUAAGUGAUGAUGAGCGUUGAAGAUUGGAGUGAUUUUUUUUUUUAAAGCUUUUUGUUAAACCUUUAAAAUAUAUUUUUAAAAUAAACAGGUUUUUUAAAUAUG